AGUUUUGCGAACUCAGUCUCUGUCCUGCCGUUCUCUGUGCUCCACCCACACCUAGUGAACCUUACAGUGGUGCCGAAACCCGGGAUUCAGAGUAGAGCACCAGCCGAUCAGCCCCAUGGAGUCCUCCCCGUUCGCCGACCUGGUCCAUGCCCUCGCCACGGCCCAGCAAAGCCAGCACCAGGCGCUCGUCACCCUCUGGAAGGAACAGGAGCGACACUUCGAAGCCCUGGUGCUGGCCCAGCAGGAAGACCGCGAGGCGUUCUGGCACCUCCUCGCGUCAGCGGGGUCCACCAGCGCUCCGGCCGCGGGCCCGUCUCCCCUCACCGUUACCAAAAUGGGUCCGCAGGACGACCCCGAGACUUUCAUCACGCUAUUCGAACAAGUCGCAGAAGCCUCGGGGUGGCCGAUGGAGCAGCGCGCAGUGCGCCUUCUCCCUCUCCUAACAGGAGAGGCGCAGCUGGCCGCACUACAGCUCCCCGCCGACCGCCGGCUGGCCUACGCGGACCUCCACUGGGCCGUCCUCCAGCACGUGGGGCGCACGCCAGAGCAACAGCGCCAGCGCUUCAGCGCUUUGCGCUUGGAGGAAGUUGGCCGGCCGUUCGCGUUUGGCCAGCAGUUCCGGGACGCCUGCUGGUGGUGGUUGAGGGCCGAAAACCACGACGCCGAGGGGAUCAUCGACCAGGUGGUGCUGGAACAAUUCGUCGCUCGCUUACCAGCAGGAACCACGGAGUGGGUCCGGUGCCACCGCCCGGCGUCGCUGGAUCAGGCAGUCGAGCUGGCGGAGGAUCAUUUGGCAGCUGUUCCGGCGGCAGGACAGCAGACGGCGUCUUCUCUCCUCUUCUCUCUCUCUCUCCCCCUCCUUCUGUGUCCCAUCCUCGCCCCAUUCCCCCACCGCGGAGACGGGGGCCGGCGCCACCCCAGCCGGCCCGCCACACCCGCGGUGCCCUCCCAUUUCUCCUUUCUGUGUCUGUCUCUCCCCCACCUCAGGUGAGUGAGCCCCAGAACACCGGUGCAGAGGGAAAGCCCAGGCUGGUUUGCUGGCACUGCAGGGAGCUGGGCCAUCUUCAACAGCGGUGCACAGCAAUGGAAGUGGGCGCGGUGGUUCAGAUCCCCAACGCGCCAGAGGCCGCCCUCGAUCGGGCCAGAGCAUAUCACAUACCGAGAAAGCAUCCGCACCAUGUUCAAAAAUACAUCGAGCUGACCACAGCAAAGCGGAAAAGGGUCAGUGGAGCAUCCACCACCAGCAAGCAGGCCACGUUAACACAGUCCUUGACCACGACACCUCAGAAGAGAAUUGACAAGGCCGUCGUUAAAUACGUUGUACAUGGGCUUCGGCCAUUUUCUGUAGUUGAGCAGGAACCUUUCAGAGAAUUAGUUAAGGACCUUGUCCCUAAUGCCAAAAUGAUGUCCCGGGUGACUCUCACCUCCAUGAUUGAUGAUGGCUUCAAACAAAUGAAAACGGCUCUGACUGAGGCAAUGAAGGGGGUCGACCACAUUGCCACUACUACCGACUGUUGGUCUGUCAGAAGGCGAGGCUUCAUCGGUGUUACUGCACACUGGAUUGACCCUGAGACUCUUCAAAGAUGUUCAGCGGUCUUAGCUUGCAGACAGUUGAGGGGUUCACACACAUUUGACCUGCUAGCCAAUGCUCUGAAUGACAUACACGCGGAAUUUGAGAUUCGAGGCAAGAUUGUGAGGACGACCACUGAUAAUGGUUCGAACUUUGUCAAGGCUUUCCGAGUGUUUGGGGAAGAUGAGAACAACAAUGCAGAGGGAGUUGAGGAAGCUGAAGAGUCUGCACAGUCUGAAGAGGAAGACGAUGGUGGAGUGGAUGAGGACGAAGAUGUACAGUACGUUGAUACGGCAGCUCUUCUAAAUGAAGAUGAUGGCUUUGAAUUUCAACUACCGAGACACCAAUGCUGUGCUUGUCGUAUCUUAAAUCUAAUCACUAGUGAAGAUUCCACAAAUGCAACCUCCAAUGAUGCAUACAAAAAACUGCACCAUGCAAUGUUUGGCAAGUGUUACGGCCUAUGGAACAAAUGUGGAAGAUCCACACUUGCAGCUGAGAUGAUUGAAGAUGUCUGUUCCAUUCAGCUUCUAAGACCAAAUAAAACAAGGUGGAAUUCCUUGUUCAUGGCCGUGGAACGCCUACUCCGGAUUAAUAAAGAGAAGGGAGAGGGGGCCCUAAGAGCUAUUGCCACCGACCUGAAGGUUCAACCCAGCGGAACUUACAUUUCUCACUGAAUAUGCUGCUGUAAUGAGCCCUGUCGCCCAAGCAACCAACAUACUGCAAGCAGAGACCAACGCACAAAUGGGGUGGCUACUUCCUACAAUCCACCUGCUGACGGUCAAACUCAACAAGGUCAAGUUGCAGCUGAAGUACUGCAGGCCUCUUGUUGAUGCUCUACAGUCUGGAAUUCAGAACCAUUUUGGGCACAUGUUCAGGGAUGCUGAGCUGGUUGCAGCUGCAAUUCUUCUUCCCAAAUUCCGAACGACAUGGACGAAGGACGACGCUACCAUCAAAAUGGGAAUCGAUUACAUCAAGCAGCAUAUAGAGGAUCCCUCCCUCCAGCCGGGUGCGACCAGGUUGAGUUCAUCAGAUGAGGAUGACUUCUUCUCAUCCCUGCAGGUGUCGAAGACCCAAGAUGGUGCCAAACAGUUGGAUGCCUACCUGUCCUGCUCAGCUGACCACAUGGACUUGCUGAAGUCCUUCCCUUCUGUUUGCAAGCUGUCUGUCAAGCUCAACACGCCACUGCCAGCAUCAGCAGUAUGCGAAAGGCUGUUCAGCAUAGCAGGGCUUGUUUUCAGCCCACGAAGAGUACGGCUAAAUUCUAGGCAUUUUGAAAGCCAGCUGCUUUUGAAGAUGAACAGAAAGUUUUACAGUUUCAAGUGAUGGCGGGGGUUAUGUGCAAGGAUGACCUCAAAGGAGGUUUAAGUUAGAGAGGAAUGAAUAAAAAGGUCAAGGGCAAAAGUGUGUAUUGGGGAUGGGGAAGUGGGGCUUGAAUGUGCAAAAAGAAAAUCUGUUGUUGCUAUGUUAAAUGUUGAUUUAGUUUAUAAAGUGCAAUAACAGUAGCAGCUCUUUUUUGUUUUAUAUUUUGUCUUGAUGGUGUGAUGUACGCCUCAUUUUCAGUACUAUUUUAUUUUUCAAAAAAAGGUUUCAAACUGUGGUCACCCUCUUCAGAUGCCAGAUAAGCUUCAGUUUUCUCCAAAUUACUUUUUUCUUUUGAUUAUUAUGACAGCAAUUGGUCGUGUAUGCACCUCCAUAGUUUAUAAAGUGCAAUAACAGUAGCAGCUUUUUUUAUGCUUUUUUUUCUUAAUGGUGUGAUGUAUGCCUAAUUUUCAUACUUUCUCUUGGUUUAAAAAACAAAGGAAAAAAAUGAGAAAAAAAAGUGUCAAAACUGUGGUCUCCAUCUUCAGAGGCCAGAUAGGCAGCUUCAUUUUUCUCCCAAUUUAUUUUAUUUAUUUUUUUUGUUGUUUAUAAUGGUUGUGUGUGCACCUCUAUUUUCAGCAGUGUAAUUGCUUGUCAUGAACCAUUGGUGACAAAUUACCUUCAGUUUACCAAAAUAUUAAAAAUAUUACAAAUUCA